CAUAUAAAGUCCCGUACGGCGGCCGGCGGGGCUCAGUCCCUCCGAGCGACCCGGCGUUGAUUUGCACAUCCUAACGAUGGCUGGCCGGGGCAAGCUCAUUGCCGUCUUGGGCGACGAGGACACGGUGACUGGGUUCCUGCUGGGCGGGGUCGGGGAGCUCGACAAGCACCGGCGGCCGAACUUCCUGGUGGUGGAGAAGGAGACGGCCCUGACCGAGAUCGAGGAGACCUUUCGGAGCUUCUUGUGCCGUGAUGACAUCGGCAUUGUUCUCAUUAACCAGUUCAUCGCAGAGAUGAUCCGGCACGCCAUCGAUGCACACACCAAAUCCAUCCCGGCUGUGCUGGAGAUCCCCUCUAAAGAGCACCCCUACGACGCCUCCAAGGACUCCAUCCUGCGUCGGGCAAAGGGCAUGUUCACUGCUGAGGACUUGCGAUAAAGGAGUCUUCCCUGGCCAACUGCUUCAAACUCCACGCUGUUCCAUAAAGAUCUUGCCUCCCCUCCCAUUCUCACCUUGCUUUUCUGUAUUUGCUGCCUACCCCUUGGAGUCCCUGGCUGGUGUGUCUGUGUGUGUGGGGGGGGUGUUGGCAGGAUGCUCUACUGCACCCCCAUACACCUGUACCCAUCGUACAAUAAAUGUCAAGUAUAAAAUUCUCAGCAGGGAAAGGCCCUGGAUCUUUUGUCCCCUGUCAACCCCACAUUCCUGAGGACCAAAGUCCUGCUCCGUUUUGUGGUUGAUGUGGAACUCUAGUGUUCAGUUCCCUUUAUCUGUGUCGUGAAGUCUUUGUGGAUGGUAAACUAAGCUAAAAGAUGUAUCCUGGGAUUCUGCUCUUGGUGAUGAGAGAGGUUUAUGUUUUGGGAUCUCCAUCCAGACCCCCUCCAGCGAAAGAGUUACCUGUGUAUCAUGUCUAUUGCCUUUCACCAUAGGAAUAUGACGAUAUAUACCGCUUUUCAACAAAAGCUCCCAAAGCCAUUUACAUAGUUAUAUAAAUGAAAUGGCUCCCUGUCCCCAAAGGGCUCGCAGUCUAAAAAAUGAAGAUAAGAUAGACGCCAGCAACAGCCACUGGAGAGAGGGCCAGUUGCUCUCCCCCUGCUAGACAAGGAGAGCCGCCAUCUAUAAAAGGUGCCUCUGCUCAGCAGGGAAACAUUUUAUGUGAAAAUUCUCCAUCCUUUAGGAAGUGGACUCUGCUGUCUGGUGCUUGAAUGAUGGGGGCGGGAUACCUGCUGCAGAAAAGUACUCCCACCCAUCGUUGGUCAUGAUCUGUGUUUAAGAAUCAUGUGCUGAGCGUACAGAGAGCAGGUAUGUACUCCUAGAGUAGCCAGGCUCACUGCUGUCUUCUGACCUGCUUCUGAACUGUCAGUUACAAGAAACAUAAGGAGGCUCCUCCAAUAAAGCCAAAUUUGUUCUGUCA